CUCUUUACUUGUAAGCCUAAUUCCGUCAUUCCACCUAUUUUGUCGUCUAAUUCUUUAUCUUGACCCCGAGUGACUUUCCGGCUUUUCAACAUAUCCAUGGAAAAUCAGAAUCCCUGUUUCGCGCGCUCUCUCUCUCUUUUUCUCUCCCUCUCUCCAAAUACCUGCAAUGUAUAUGAUUGAACUCAGAUUCUCUGGAGUUUGAUCCAAAUGUCGCCGUACUUUAUAUGGUUCAUGCCCCUUCUCCUUCUCGCCGUGACCGGCAAACUGGUUUCGAGCUCGAAUUCUGCUUCGGAAAUGGCGGAACCUGGGAUUGAUAGAGACUCAAAGGUCAGUUCCUGGCCGACAACGAGAAAAUUGGAGUCGUAUUCUGGGGGAAAAGUGAUAAUAAGCGGAAACGCCACGAUUCUGAGUGAAAACGGGACGUUUCGGCUUGGCUUUUUCAACUCGAAUGGUGAAGCCAGAUGGUAUUUGGGGAUUUGGUACGCUUUCAUACUCACGCCGACCUACGUUUGGGUGGCGAACCGUGAGGCGCCGCUGAAGAAUCUGUCAGCGGCGGAGGCGCUGAUCACGGAAGACGGGAAAUUGGGGGUCAGGGAUUCGGGAGGGGAAAUCGUUUGGGCGACGGAGAACGGCGAGGCGGCGGCGGAGGCGAGGUUGUUGGAGGCGGGAGACUUGGUGUUGCUCGGCCGCCGCGGCGGGGUCGUGUGGCGGAGCUUCGACCACCCGACGGACACAUGGCUUCCUGGAAUGAACCUUUCCGUCCACCAGAAGUUUACUUGCUGGAAGAACUCCGGCGAUCCUGCGCCGGGAAAUUACUCACUCCGGCUGAAGCCGCCGGAGUAUGGGGAAAUUGAGCUCGUGUUUAAUGGCACCAAGUCGUAUUGGUCUACCGGAAAGUGGAUCGGCAAUUCCUUCUCCAGCGUGCCUGAGAUGACAAUACGCUAUAUUUACAAAUUUUACUUCACCAAUCCAUUCACGCCCAUGGCGUCAUUUGGGUACAUUGAGGUGGCACCAGAUAAUGGCAUGCAACCACCACUGACACGAUUCCAGCUGGAUUUCUCCGGCCAGCUCCAGCAGUAUUCAUGGUCACAGCAGAUAGAGAAUUGGAACAUUUUCUGGUCACAGCCGGAGAAUCUCUGUAGAGUCUAUGGUCUGUGUGGGAAUUUAGGCUUUUGCAAUACAGGAAUGUCGAGCCCUUGCAAGUGCUUGCCCAAUUUUCAUCCAGUUGAUCACAUUGGAUGGAAUGACGGAGACUUUUCUGGUGGUUGCCAUCAUGACAGCCAUGCUGUCUGUGAAAGCAGUGAUGGGUUUGAAGAGGUUGGGGCAGUGAGCUUUGAUGGGGGAGUAAUGGAGUCAUUCUCGGGAAGAAGCAGGGGUUUCUGCGAAAAAACAUGCUUGAGUAAUUGUUCAUGUGUUGGUAUAUACCAUAAUGUGAAGACUAAUACGUGCAAGAACUUGUAUGGGUCACUCUUGAAUCUUCAAAAUUCAACUCCUGGUAGCACCAUUGAUGAUAUACUGUAUGUAAGGGUACCAAGAGAAGGUACAACACCAAAGACAAGAAAGAAAACUCUAAUUUUUAUAGGAAUAUGUUGUUCCUUUUUAGCAAUUAUAACAUUCAUGCUCAUAGCAUUGUUGUUACUGAGGAGUAAGAUUAAGAGAAAGAAACAGGAAGAGGAUGAAGUUUUCUCAGUGACAAAUUUAAGGGUAUUCUCGUAUAAGGAGCUAAAUGCUGCUACUAGGGGGUUCUCAGAGAAAAUUGGGCAUGGAGGAUUUGGGGCAGUGUUUCGGGGUGAGUUAUCAGACUCUUCACUUGUGGCAGUGAAGAGACUUGAACGGCCAGGUGGUGCUGAGAGGGAGUUCAGAGCAGAGGUGUGCACAAUUGGGAACAUUCAGCACGUUAAUCUUGUGAGAUUGAGGGGGUUUUGUUCGGAAAAUCCUCGUAGGCUUUUGGUCUAUGAUUACAUGCCAAAUGGUCCAUUGAGUGGGUACCUGAAGCAAGAUGGCCAAAAUCUGAGUUGGGAUGUUAGACUCCGGGUAGCAAUUGGGACAGCAAGAGGCAUUGCUUAUCUACAUGAGGAGUGUAGAGACUGUAUCAUUCAUUGUGACAUUAAACCUGAAAACAUUCUAUUAGAUGAAGAUUUUUUGCCAAAGGUGUCAGAUUUUGGAUUGGCCAAGCUCAUUGGUAGAGAUUUUAGCCGGGUUUUAGCCACAAUGAGAGGAACAUGGGGUUAUGUUGCACCAGAGUGGAUCUCUGGUCUGGCGAUUACUGCCAAGGCUGAUGUAUAUAGUUAUGGAAUGACAUUGUUGGAACUAUUAGGUGGACGGCGCAAUGUGACGGGGCCACCAUCAACUGGAGGUGGUGGAACAGGGGAGAAGUGGUUUUUCCCACCAUGGGCUGCUCAACAGAUAAUUGAAGGGAAUGUUGCGGCAGUGGUGGAUGAGAGGCUUGCUGGUGCAUAUGAUGCUGCAGAGGCAGCGCGUCUGGGGCUGGUGGCAGUUUGGUGUAUACAAGAUGAGGAGGCAAUGAGGCCUACAAUGGGAAUGGUGGUAAAGAUGUUGGAAGGGGUAGUUGAAGUCGCUAUCCCAUCUCCUCCAAAGCUGCUUCAAGCAUUGGUUUCCGGUGAGUCAUUUCAUGGUGUUGGGACUGAUUCUGGUGAUAGGGAGUUAACUAGCAGUGGCUGCUCCAACAAUGGUCUCCAAGUCUCUGGAAAUUCUGCUGAUUCUCCUAAUUAUCUCUCCACCAUGGCCUGAGUUUCAGUGGUUGUCAGUAAAUGUGCUUAUUUAACUCACAAGGUUGAUGAGGUCGGUUGCAUUGAGCACAUCCUUGGUGCUGCUAUUGUUGCAAGUUGUUAAUAAUCGUGGCUCAAAGUGUAGCAGGAGCGUUGUCUUAUCCUAUAGGAACGACUGCACCAUACAACCCAACAAGAAGAGGAUCGUUGUUACUUGGGCAAAAGUCGCGGGCUCAAUGUACUAACAGAGACCGUAGAUAGAAGCUUGCAAUUCCUAGAUCUUCAUGCUUUUUUCUCAUCUCUUUUAUAAGUGUUAACAUGUUUAAAGUCAAGUAGCCUGGAUCAUGCUAAUGCCGUUAUGGAAUUUACCCAUCUGGGGCGUAACUUAGUUGCUUAGAACCUCGUUGCAAGACGGCCUGGUCUAACGUUUCCUCUGUAAGUCCUCCAAUGUUUAUAUGAUAUUUAGCAUAGCAGUACUAAUGCUCUCUCUCUUCAUGAUGGUAGGUUAGACUCAAAACUUGGCAGAAAAGAGGAGUAAAAAUGCUUGUAUGAGAAUCCAAACAGCUUCUGGGAUUUGAUCUCUUUCUGGUUAGGUUUGGAUUUUGCAAUGGUGAAGAGAUGAAGACGCUGAUUUUUAUGCUUCCUCGGGUUGCUUGCAUUUGAACUCAGGUGGAAAGUUGUUAAGAUAGAGCCGUAUUGUCAAAGCAAGGUUAAGGCGGGUCCCUAAGAAUGGUGAUUCAGGUGGAAUGCUUCUGGGUUGGAUAUCUAUAGUUAUUUGUCAUGUAUUAUUUAACAAUAAAAAAAAUAAAAGAAAAGCAAGGUUAAGGCAGGCCUUUCCUCCACCGCAUUGGGGCACGUCACGUAUGCAAUUGUUGUAAGUAGUUAACAGUCGAUGGUAUGUUCAACUGUACCAUUAGCUGUAACACCAUGUCAAAAAUAAUAAAGAAUGAUUAGAGUUCUAAUCACAAUAAUUGGAUUGAAAUAUGAUUUGCGUUUCCACGUCAUUUGCAAUCCAAUCCCAAGUGAGUGCCAUUUGGUAUUUUCAUUAAUAAGAUUA